AUGGCUCCGCCGCCGCAGAGGCUGCGCCUUGCCCGCCGCCGCCCGCGCCGAGGAGAGGGACCGGGGCGGGGCGUGCGGGCGCGCGGGCGGGCGGGGCGGACGCCGGGCGCGGCGCCUCAGGCGCGGGCGGAGCGCGGGGGCGCCGCCUUCGCUCCCGCCUCCCGCCGGCCGCCGCGAGCCCCCGGUUGCCCCGCAGCCGCCGCCGCCGCCGCCGCCGCCGCCGCCCUGUGCAUUGUGGGACCGCGGGGGGCGGCGCGAGCCCGAGCCCGAGCCCCGCGCGCGACGCGCCCGCGCCCGAGCAUCCCCGCCCGCCCGCGGGAUCCGCGCCCUGAGCAUCCCAGCAUCCCCGCCGCCCCGCGGGACCCGCGCCCCGAGCAUCCCCGCCCGCCAGCGGGACCCGCGCCCCGAGCAUCCCAGCAUCCCCGCUGCCCGCCCGUGGGACCCGCGCCCCGGGCAUCCCCUCCCGCCCGCGAGACCCACGCCUCGAGCAUCCCUUCCCGCCCUCGGGACCCGCGCCCCGAGCAUCCCAGCAUCCCCGCCGCCCACCCGAGGGACCCGCGCCCCGAGCAUCCCCGCCCGCCCGCGGGACACGCGCCCCGAGCAUCCCAGCCUCCCGCCCGCGGGACCCGCGCCCCGAGCAUCCCCGUCCACCCGAGCUGCACCCGCGCCGCACCCCGCGACCCCCGCGAGCCAGGGCCGGAAGGCUCGCGGCUGGUGCCCGGGCUCCGGACGACAGGGUCCUGGCCGUGCGCGCAUUUCUAG